AUGCACCUCCUCGUUGUCAACCCGAACAGCACACAGGCCAUGACCGACGCUGCGGCCGCGCAAAUCGAAAAGUACCUCGACAAAGUGUAUCCCGGAACUGCUGGUCGCGAUAUUGAUAUAUCACUUUUUACGGGACCUCCCGAUGCACCUCCAGAAAUCGAUGGUGAAGAGUCCAGCAUAGAAUCCACCCGCAAGUGUCUUCCAAUAUUGUGCAAGCGUCAAUCCGGCACCACCAACGAGCAAAAACGGCAAUAUUUUGACACUUUCGACGGCGUGCUUGUUGCCUGCUUUUCAGACCAUCCGCUGGUCCAUGAGUUACAGGCCAGAACCGACCAUGCCACUCCUGUGACGGGAAUAUUCCACGCAGCAAUGACAGUCUGUUUGUCACAGCCCGGUUCUGCGUUUUCCAUCAUCACUUCCAACGACGAGUGGGUUCAACUACUUGAUGCUGGCGCAGAACGUCUUUUGGGAGCACCCAGGCCAUUUGCAUCGUCCAAGGCGCCCUUCAAGGGCACCAUAGCCUCCUCAAUUCCCGUGCUCGACCUUCACAACCCUAAAAACCUUCACGCAAUUUCCAAGCGUAUUUACCAAGAAAAUAUUCACCGACUACAUACAUCUACCAUAAUCUUGGGGUGCGCCGGGUUUUCGGGAAUGGAGGAGUUGUUAAAGAAGCAUAUACAUAAGAUCGCAGCAGAAGAAAACCCUGACGCUAGUCCCCCUCAUGUGACCCUUGUUGAUAGCGUGCUUUGCGGCGUGGAAACGUUAGCUUUGAUGUGUCGAUUGCGAUUUAGCAGGGGUAACGAUUGCUAUAUGGGUUGA